AUGCUGCGACGGCCUCCAGCCGAAGGAAGGCUUGCCGCUGACCCGCGGAUGACGAAGGUCUUCCUCGUCCUGGCCGUUAUUCUCUUGUCUUGGUUUCCGCUUGCAGAUGCUCAGCAGCAGCAGCACUCGAUAGGACAUCAAGAAUUACCAAUCGCCCAGGCCCUACGCAACAGCGGUCAGCACGCCGAGCAUCGAAAUCAACAUUACGACCACGACCAGGAAGAACGGGAACAGGAAUCGACCAGCAAUCGUGCCGAGUCGAGAUCGCCAUUCGAGGGACACGAAUCGUCUCGCAAGCUCGCAUCAACCGUUUCAAAGGCAUCCCAUCUCCCAAAGGCAGGAUUGCCUAAGCCCGAUAGUGGGCACCAAGCCGUAACAACGGCCUACACAAACAAACAUGCCACUAGGCAGUCGCGAUCACUUGGUCGCAAUUACCCCGAUCCUCACGAUGCGAGCGCCCUCGCGACUGUGGCUCCGGAAUAUCCCGUUCGAGCCGCCAAAUCUCCACGACACCCAUCCAGCAUCCUCUCAGGCGCUGGGUUGUCCUCGCCGCAGUCUGCGCGGAGUCUGGAGAGAUGGGAAGUGGAAGACUAUGUUCUUCUGGCGACCGUCGAUGGACAUCUCAGGGCCGUCAGUAAAGAAUCUGGCGAAGAACGUUGGCACCUCGUAGUUGAGGAGCCAGCCGUUGAGACUAUCCACCAUCGACCAAACACAACAUUCCUCGACGAAGAUAGCCGACUUCCUCACGAUGACUAUGUUUGGGCCAUCGAGCCUUCACACACCGGCCCGGUGUAUGUUUGGAUGUCCUCUGCGCAUGGCUCUGGUCUGAUGAGUGCCGGCUUCACCAUGAAGCAACUCGUCGAUGAGUACAGUCCCUACGCAGUUCAUGACCCUCCAGUCGUAUACACUGGCGACAAAAAGACUACUAUGUACAUACUCAAUGCUGCCAAGGGCCAAGUUUUGCGGUGGUAUGGGCAAGGCGAAGGGCAGGUCGCUCCUGUGGCGACAUGCUUCCAGCCAACCGGUUUUGUUGAUGCGGACAUGGAAGAAUGCGCCGGGACAAUUGCUCUCAGUCGUACCGAGUAUACUGUCAACAUCCACCAUCAGGACGACGGCAGAUUGGUUGCCACUCUGCGUUAUCGCGAAUGGGGCCCCAACGCAUUUGACAACGACCUGCACAGGCAAUAUAGCAGUACACGCGACAAUCGCUAUUUGACAAGCCGCCAUGACGGUCGACUAUAUGCACUCGACGACAGCGCCGAUUUGCAAUCAAUAUCUGUUGCAUUCCCAGCACCGGUGGCGCGAGUCUUUGAUAUAGCCCGGCCACAAGAUGUCCCUCGUGGCGGCAACCCUGAGCUUGUACUUCUGCCGCAGCCUGCACCUCCCAUUACGGAGCGCGAGUCAGCCAGGGCUCGAACUUCUAGUAUCUAUCUUAACAAGACUGAAACUGGUAGCUGGUAUGCUCUGUCUGGCACUCUCUAUCCACUUGUUGUUGACGCUCCACGCGCAACGGUUAAUUUGAGAGACGAGGAUGAUCUCGACAAGUACAGCAACGAGAUCCGCGAUGACAGUCUAGUAGGGACUCACUCCCUAGGAAGCUUCACGGGCGAUGAAUUCGUCCAAGGUGCACCGCAAUGGCCUAGCCUUCCAGCACUUCCUGGGCCUGAAUCGAAUGCAGCUAUGCCCAAAAACACCUCUACCGGUUCACUUCCAAGCGAUAAGACCCCAGGCUUGAAGCGCAGUGUCAGCAUCAAGUCAAUGCCUAGCUACGUCGUUACGAGCGUAAAACAGUUAUUCGAAAACCCUAUUUUGUACUUGAUUGCUCUGUCUAUUCUGGCACUGUGGUAUAAAACACGCAGUGCUCACGUGACUGUUCACGAGUUGCGCGGUCGGAAGUCACUCGACGCAACCUACCAACCCGUUGAACCCAUAAAGAUCCACGACCAAACAAGCGCGGUUGACGAGCUUCUCGAACCUCCGUCUCUUCCGAAGGUCCCCGAACCUUCCCAGGAAGACCAGGCAGUGGAGAUUGAAGACAACAAUAAACAAGAGGCACACAACACGAUACCAGCACCAGAAACGUGGAGCAAGGAGCAAGAUCAAGAACGGGUGCAGGUACCACAACCUGAUCUUCAGCCGACCACCGAAUCUCCGGAAAAGAAGAAGGCCCAUCGCGGAAGAAGGGGCGGUGUUAAACACAGGAAGAAGAAUCGGGAUCCUUCCUCGCACCAGGAUGCAAAACUAGUUGAAGUAGACCCUGUUGCACAAGUCGAUCAGAUGGUCGAAGCUCGAGAGCCACAGCUUAACCCCAAUAUCAAGUCCAUCGGCAAAGCUGAUGACAUCAGCGUAGGUGGCUUCGAAAUUAACGGGCUAAAGGUUGACCUGGACGAGCAGCUUGGGAUGGGCAGUAAUGGUACUGUCGUGUUCCCCGGAACCUUCCAUGGUCGUGAGAUCGCCGUAAAGCGCAUGCUACACGAAUUCAACGAUCUUGCCACGCGAGAGACGAAGUUACUUUUAGAGAGCGAUAAUCAUCCUAAUGUCAUUCAAUACUACGCCAUUCAUAGGGAUAAGACGUUUCUUUACAUCGCUUUGGAGCGUUGUCAGGCUUCCCUUGCUGAUAUCAUUGACAAGCCGCACAUGUUUAAAGAGUUGGCGCAUGCAGGCGAGCGAGAUAUUCCCAAUGUGCUUCUCCAGAUAGCUAAUGGGGUGAGUCAUCUACAUGACUUGAGAAUUGUACAUCGGGACCUCAAGCCACAGAAUAUCCUUGUGACCGUGGCAAAAGAUGGCAAGCCUAGGCUCGUGGUCUCGGAUUUCGGCCUGUGUAAGAAAUUGGACGGAGCACAAUCGUCUUUCGGCCAUACAGCUACCCGACCAGCGGGAACCUCUGGAUGGCGAGCGCCAGAGCUUCUGGCCGAAGAAGAUGCUCGUGAGAAUCCCACCUCCAUGGCAAGUACACACAGCGAAUCGAGUGUAUUGAUGGGAGGGGAAAGCGGACCCAACAGACGCGCCACCCGAGCCAUUGAUAUAUUCAGUUUGGGCCUCGUCUUCUUCUACGUACUCACCAAAGGAAGUCACCCCUUCGACUGUGGCGACCGCUACAUGCGUGAGGUCAACAUUCGCAAAGGCCAUUUGAACCUGCAGCCUCUCGAUGUGCUGGGUGACUUUGCAUUCGAAGCAAGGGAUUUGAUUGGUGCUAUGCUCCGCACAGAUCCUCGCAGUCGGCCAAGAACUCGAGACGUUAUGGCCCACCCCUUCUUCUGGGACUCGAAGAAGCGUCUGUCAUUCCUCUGUGACGUUUCCGAUCAUUUCGAAAAAGAACAGCGGGAUCCUCCAUCGGAUGCGUUGGUCACGCUCGAGUCUUUUGCACCUAGGGUAUGCCGAGGCGAUUUUCUCAAGGUGUUGCCUAAAGACUUUGUCGAAAGUCUUGGAAAACAACGCAAGUACACUGGUGCGCGUCUCCUUGAUCUGCUUCGUGCUCUCAGGAAUAAGUGGAAUCAUCGGGAAGACCUGAGUGAAUCACUGAAGAAGUCCGUCGGCACCAGCCACGAGGAAUAUCUUGGAUUCUGGACGCGACGUUUUCCCAACCUGCUGGUCGGCUGCUGUGAUGUCAUCUGGAACUUGGAGCUGACCGACGCUGUUCGGUUCAAGGAAUAUUUUGAGCCAAUGAAGCCAUAG